AUGUCCUCCCCACCGACCACCCCAAAGACUCCCAUCUGGCUCGACGUCGACACCGGCCACGACGACGCCUUCGCCCUCCUCCUCGCCGCCCACCACCCCUCCGUCGAGCUCCUGGGCGUGAGCACCGUCUACGGCAACGCCAGCCUCGAGGACACGACCCGGAACACGCUCUCGAUCCUCACCGCGCUCAACCGGGCCUCCGUGCCCGUCUACGCCGGCAGCCCGCGCGCCUACUGCCGGGGCCCGGCCUCCGCCCCGGACAUCCACGGCGCCACCGGCCUCGACGGCACCACCGGCCUCCCCGCCCCGUCCUUCGCCCCCCGCACCGACGUCCCCGCCAUCACCGCCAUCCACGCCGCCCUGGCCGCCCAGCUGCGCGGGAAAGCCUGGCUCGUGGCGACCGGCGCGCUCACCAACAUCGCGCUGCUCUUCGCCGCGCACCCGGCGCUGGCGGAGCACAUCGGCGGCGUGAGCAUCAUGGGCGGGGCCGUGGGCGGGGGCUUCACGGGCGCGGCCCUGGGCCGCCUCGGCGGCGAGGGCGAGCGCUUCGGCAACUGGACGCCGUGGGCGGAAUACAACAUCUACGUGGACCCCGAGAGCGCCCAGGCCGUGCUGGAGCACCCGGCGCUCGCGCCACGGGGCAAGAUCGUCCUCGUGCCCCUGGACCUGACCCACCAGUUCCUCGCGACGCCGGACGUGCUGUCGCGCGUGCUGCACGGCCCGGACCCGGAAGCCGGCCGACGCCCCCCCUCCCCGACGAGGACGCUGUUCCACGAGAUCCUGACGUUCUUCGCCGCGACCUACGCCGACGUCUUCGGCCUCACCGCCGGCCCGCCGCUGCACGACCCCCUGGCCGUGGCCGCGGCCUUUGCGCCGGGGCUCUUCUCGGACGGCGACGCGGGCGAGGGCGAGGGCGCGCGCUACGCGAUCCGCGUGGUCACGGACGGCGAGCACGGCGAUUCGAUGCACAUCCGGAGCGGCGCCUCGCAGUGCGGGAGGACCGUGGCGACGGAAUUGCCCCGCGGCCAGCAGGGCGUGAGGAUCCCCAAGGCCUUGAACAUCCCGGAGUUGUGGGCGCUUCUGGAGGGCUGCCUUGAGAGGGCGGAGGCGGAGGCG